AUGUGGACUUCUGGUAGAAUGAGCAAUGCAAAGAGCUGGCUUGGACUUGGAAUGUCCUUGUACUUCUGGGGAUUGAUGGACCUUACAACCACCGUUCUCUCCAGCACCCCAACACCACGAGGCAGAUUAGAGGGUCUCCUGUCAAACAAGCCACAGUCACAUCAGCGAACCAAGAGGAGCUGGGUUUGGAACCAGUUUUUUGUUCUGGAAGAGUACACUGGGACCGACCCUUUAUAUGUUGGCAAGCUUCACUCAGAUAUGGACAGGGGAGAUGGAUCCAUCAAAUACAUCCUCUCAGGAGAAGGUGCAGGCAUCGCAUUUACCAUUGAUGACACCACUGGUGACAUCCAUGCUAUUCAAAGACUCGACCGAGAGGAAAGAGCCCAGUACACUUUAAGGGCUCAAGCCCUGGACAGGAGAACAGGCCGGCCAAUGGAGCCAGAGUCAGAGUUCAUCAUCAAAAUACAAGACAUCAAUGACAAUGAGCCCAAGUUCCUAGAUGGACCUUACGUUGCCACUGUGCCGGAAAUGUCACCAGUGGGUACCUCUGUUAUCCAGGUGACAGCCACAGAUGCCGAUGACCCGACCUAUGGCAAUAGUGCCCGUGUAGUGUACAGCAUUCUCCAGGGCCAGCCAUACUUUUCUGUGGACUCCAAAACAGGUGUAAUUAGAACAGCACUCACAAACAUGGACAGAGAAGCCAAAGAAUACUAUGAAGUGAUUAUUCAAGCCAAGGACAUGGGGGGGCAGCUUGGGGGAUUGGCUGGGACCACGACUGUCAACAUCACUCUCUCGGAUGUCAACGAUAACCCACCCCGCUUUCCCCAGAAACAUUAUCAGAUGAGUGUGUUGGAAUCAGCUCCAAUUAGCUCCACUGUAGGCAGAGUGUUUGCCAAGGACUUGGAUGAAGGGAUCAAUGCAGAGAUGAAAUACACUAUUGUGGACGGAGAUGGUGCAGACGCUUUUGAUAUUAACACAGAUCCAAAUUUCCAAGUUGGCAUCAUAACUGUGAAGAAGCCCCUGAGUUUUGAAAGCAAGAAAAGCUACACCUUAAAGGUGGAGGGAGCCAAUCCUCACCUAGAGAUGCGUUUUCUGAACCUGGGCCCAUUUCAGGACACAACGACAGUGCACAUCAGUGUGGAAGAUGUGGAUGAACCCCCUGUGUUUGAACCUGGUUUUUAUUUUGUGGAGGUACCUGAGGAUGUGGCAAUUGGAACAACCAUACAGAUCAUUUCUGCCAAGGACCCAGAUGUGACCAACAACUCAAUCAGAUAUUCUAUUGACAGAAGCAGUGAUCCUGGAAGAUUUUUCUAUGUUGACAUUACAACAGGUGCCCUAAUGACUGCAAGACCCCUAGAUCGGGAAGAAUAUUCUUGGCAUAAUAUCACUGUCCUUGCUAUGGAAAUGAACAAUCCCUCCCAGGUGGGAAGUGUUUCCGUCACUAUCAAAGUCUUAGAUGUGAAUGACAAUGCUCCAGAGUUCCCCAGAUUCUAUGAAGCUUUUGUCUGUGAGAAUGCCAAAGCUGGACAGCUGAUCCAAACAGUGAGUGCUGUGGACCAAGAUGACCCACACAAUGGUCAGCAUUUCUACUACAGCUUGGCUCCUGAUGCUGUGAGCAACCCAAACUUCACUGUAAGGGACAACCAAGAUAACACUGCCCGGAUUCUAACCAGAAGGUCUGGCUUCCGGCAGCAGGAACAGAGUGUCUUCUACCUGCCCAUCCUCAUCGCAGACAGUGGGCAGCCAGCGCUGAGCAGCACAGGCACGCUGACCAUCCAGGUGUGCAGCUGUGAUGAUGACGGUCAUGUCAUGUCCUGCAGCCCUGAGGCCUACAUGCUCCCAGUCAGCUUGAGCCGGGGUGCCCUCAUCGCCAUCCUGGCCUGCAUCUUUGUCCUCUUAGUGCUGGUGCUGCUCAUUUUGUCCAUGAGGCGACACCGGAAGCAACCGUACAUCAUUGACGACGAGGAGAAUAUCCACGAGAACAUCGUCCGCUACGACGACGAGGGCGGCGGCGAGGAGGACACGGAGGCCUUCGACAUCGCGGCCAUGUGGAACCCGCGGGAGGCGCAGGCGGGCGCCGCCCCCAAGACGCGGCAGGACAUGCUGCAGAUUGAGAGCCUCUCGCGCUACGUGCCCCAGACGUGCGCCGUCAACAGCACGGUCCACAGCUACGUGCUGGCCAAGCUCUACGAGGCCGACAUGGACCUGUGGGCCCCACCCUUCGACUCCCUCCAGACGUACAUGUUCGAGGGGGACGGCUCUGUGGCUGGCUCGCUGAGCUCCCUGCAGUCAGCCACCUCGGACUCGGAGCAGAGCUUCGACUUCCUGACGGACUGGGGGCCCCGGUUCCGGAAGCUGGCGGAGCUCUACGGGGCUUCCGAGGGGCCCGCACCGCUGUGGUGA